ACGGUGUCGUUUCGCUUUACGAUAGUUGUGACAACCCAGAAGUGUCAACCGCUGGCUGUGGAGUUAUUUUGGAAAGACAGGUGAUGUUUUUCAACUUGAAGGCAAUAAAAAAACGACAUGACUUUAGAUACAAACAUUUGACGAUUGUCAUACUCACCUGCUGAAGGAUGUGACAAUAACCACGAUGCGAGGAAAAACCACACAUUCUCGACAGCUUACGUUCACAACAUUAGCUACCGCUAAGCUAACUUAACCAGAAGCUAGCUAAAACUGUUUCUCCGUUGUCAUCCUGAAGAACAUGUUUUGAGCGCGUACAGAUUCGAUGUGACAUCCUUGAAUUUUUAACCUAAGCACCCUGGGUGCACUAUUUAGACGCCGACUCAUAGCUGGGCUUCCAUCAUUUAAACACACUAUGUGGCUACAGCAAAGACUAAAGGGGCUGCCAGGUUUGUUAUCAAGUAGCUGGGCGAGAAGACUCCUCAUAGGACUGCUGAUCUUCCUCAUUUUCUACUGGUAUCUUGGAGCAGAGCGCAGAUGGAGGAUUUUCGGCGGCUCUGCCAUGCCGGGUGGGGCGGCAGGACAGUGCCUACAGGCUGAAAUCUACAGGUGGAAGUCUCUCGUAGACAGAGGAGAGGGGAUAUACAGCACACCUCAGGAACAACUAGAUACACCCUUUGUAUCAGGUAACGGCCAUAUUCUAAUUGACAUUGACUCUAACAAACUGUGGGUAGCGUCUUCUUCACAACCCGGCUCGGCUCCGGUCCACCAGACUGAAUACUCUCCGAGAAUUGGCGUCCAUCUCGAGGGGAAGCGGGUCGAAGUUCAAGCUACUAUGCUGUGGUUCCGGAAAGGAGCCGUGCUUUCUGUCCGCUGUGCCUCACCAGCCGCCCUGCAGUCAUCCCGGGACUGUGUCACCAUCAGAGAGGAGUUUAUCGCACACAGAAGCAGACCUAACGUCUAUCUCCAGCGAAUCCACAUCAACAACCCGUCUGACAGGGCCGCCUCCUUGGACGUUUCCUCUGAAAAUCCCUCCUUUGGUAGCAAGUUCUCCACCAGUGUGGAGAAACUGGAGGACAGAGAGAUAGUGCUGUCCUCUGGCAGAGUGCCUGUGGAAAAUAACCGGAUGGUGCUGGUGGUAGUUGUCACCAAGAAGCUGAACAGCAGGAUCCAGGUUUCUGCUAAAUCAGAGUACACAGACAACAUCCUGUCAGUGGUGUGGACCUCGGAGCCAAUUGAUUCCUCCAAGCUGGAGGAGACCUUCAGCACCCUCAAAGAUGGAGCCAAAAAGGAGCUGGGGGAGCUGUUGAGAGCCAAUGUGGAAGACCUGGUUUUAGAUCACCAGCAGGCCUGGAUGGACCUCUUCAUUUCAGGUGUUGAAAUGAGGAAGAUCACAGACUCCCACACACCAUCGAGCCGUACAGUGAAUACCACCCUCUACUACAUCCUGUCUUCUUCAAUGGCUCCCCUGCUGGAUCGAAGGCUAAGCAGCGAGGAGCGCGCUCGUCUGGAGUCCAGCCUCAACUACGCCGACCAUUGCUUCAGUGGCCACGCCACCAUGCACGCAGAGAACCUGUGGCCCGAGCGGGUGAGCAACGCCGCUCAGAUCCUCCAGCUGUUCACGCUGUGGACGCUGACUCUGCAGAAGAGAGGCUGCAAGGUGCUGGUGGCGGCCGGAGCCCAUGGAGCCAUGCAGGGUAUGGUGCUCAGCUUUGGCGGCCUUCAGUUCACAGAGAACCACCUUCAGUUCCAGGCCGAUCCGGAUGUGCUGCACAACAGCUACGCCCUGAGAGGGAUCCACUAUAACCAGGACCUCAUUAACCUGGCGGUGCUUCUGGACGCGGAAGGGAAGCCUUUUCUUCAUUUGUCAGUAAAGCCGCAGGAGAAGCCGGUGAAGCUGUAUGCCUGUGAGGCGGGCUGCCUCAAUGAGCCGGUGGAGCUGACAUCAGAGAUCAAAGGUCACACCUUUCCUGUGAUGGUGACCCAGCCCAUAACACCACUGCUGUACAUCUCCACAGACCUGCGCCACCUGCAGGACCUCCGCCACACGCUGCACCUCAAGGCCAUCCUGGCCCACGAGGAGCACAUGGCCAACAGGUACCCAGGACUGCCCUUCCUCUUCUGGUUCAGCGUGGCCUCGCUCAUUACACUCUUCCACCUUUUCCUCUUCAAGCUCAUUUACAACGAGUACUGUGGCCCCGGUGCUAAACCCCUCUUCAGGAGCAAGGUCGCCAGCAAGAAUGACGAUGACUGCUGUGACACCAGGACUGCUGUUUGAACACAACAGUGCUUUGCACAUAUUCAACAUGUGGUAGUGGUUCUGCUUGAGCUUUGGCAGCAUGGGAGAUGUUAACAUGGUUGUGCUGGUGCUGAAUGUCGUCUGCUGUGGAAUGAUACCCCCCCACUUACCUGCUGUGAGAAGAUGCAGAGGGAUGUAGGUUAAAACUGACUCCUGUGUCACUUUACAUCAGAUCAGAUAGAUUUGUAACCAACGCUACCAUUUCUGAUGAAUUUGGCGAUUAUUUCUUUGCUUAAUUAUUUGGUCUAUAAAUUGUUAGAAUGCCCAUCACAAUUUCCCAGAGGCCAAAUUUAAUCCCAGAUUAAUAACAUGCAAGAUGAAAAAAAAACAAAACAAAAAAUACA